CAAUUUCCCACUUCGCAAACAGAGAAACCGAAAGAAGAACCAGGCCUGCUCUUCUCUUACCUAAUCGUCAUCUUCCGUCUGCCCUGUGACUCGACCAUCCGCUUCUCCCCCUGAUCAGCUCUUCUUCAUCAACAAUCCAGAAAGCACCGAAUCCCUCUUUCCCCUUGACACCGAUCUUCUCCCUCUUCCUCAUCCUACACGUCUAGCUCGUACUCGCAACCCUCUCGCCGCAGUGUAAUUAAUAGCUCAUCCCCUGCAUCGCUCUCACUACCUCCCAGCUCGCCCAACUCGCUUUUGAGAUAAACGUGCGAUACAACAACGCAGGCCAUCGGGGAUAUUCAUCUACCUCGAGGCAGCCCACCAAGACCAACAUCAUAAUAUCCCGCAUCGUAUUUCCCAAGACCGUUCCUGUACCGUCAGCCCACCAUGACCUUCGAGCAAGCCCGGGACCUCCGAAGCUCCGCCCAGGACUCGAAGCGAUUCAAGGAGCAUGCCGAGAAAUGGUCGCGGGGCACCCGGCCUUUAGCUGGACGUGUAGGUUCACUCCAAUCCCCGUGGGGCGACCCGGGCGACGUGGCCAUGGGCAUGGUCCACCACGAAAAGAUCCGACCUGAGCGGCAUUUGAGCCAUAUCCGCCUUCCAACCCCAAAUAUCGUCAAGCCGCGAGGAAGCGGGUUCGUUCGACACGACCUUCCGGGGAAUUAUUCCCGCGCCAAGCUGAACGCCUUGGAAGAGCUGCAUGACCAAUCAAGCGUCUCUCGAUCGAUCCACGACCUCCUGCCGUCACCCCACACACGACGAAGCCACAGCAUCUCCGAUAACAUACUAUACAGCUUCGAUAGGGCCGAAAGUCCGGGGAAGCCGCUGACGCUCGACGUAUUCGUCAAGACCAACCCCAAGGAGACGGAGAAAUUCGUCGAAAAGGAGUACGAAAUCCUCGACAACAACGGCGAUGCCCUCAAGGGCCGGAAGGCUCGUCAGAACCUCCGCCGCAAGAAUCGCGGACCAACGGCAGACGAGCCGGAGGUCAUCGAAGACGACGGCUUCGAAUUGCUGUAAGACGAGGUAAAUCGGAUCGCUUCGAGUGCUCGUAGUCCACUUUCACAAUACCGCGACUGCAUCCAUUCUUUUGCCUACAAGGUUCAUCGACGUUGUCGAUGCUCCUCCCAUUUUUUCUCCUUCCCGAAAGUGGGAUCGUCGGUGCGAUGCAGUACGCUUCGCCGUUCUUAUGGACCCGUCACGACCGAAACGAUUUUGAUUUAUUCGACUUCAACCGCAGCUGUGGUCUAGCAUUUCGGAGGAGUGUGCUGUUGGUGUUGGCAUUAGAUUUCUUCUCGCACAGUGUCCCUGUCGCCCCGAGCAUGCGCAUUUUAGACAGCAACAGGCUUCUGUACGAUGCAUAUCCUAUUCGGAGUUUUGGCAGGCGA